CCUGACCAUACUCAACAGUGUUUGUCAGGGUGAUUUGGCUUCUAACGGGGAAAGUGGUCCAGACCAAGUGCAGGAGGCACCAGGAUGGCGUUCUGAGGUUCCACAGUGGACACCUCUCAGCCAGUGCACUGUCCUCCAUGAGUAGCUCCAAGAGUCGGCUGGCCACUUGCUUGGGUGCUGCAUGGACUCAGGCCACAGCCUGCCAUCUCCCGAGGAGGACCAAUCCACCAUGCCUGAAGUCAAAGACCUUUCAGAAGCUUUGCCAGAGACGUCGAUGGAUCCCAUCACAGGAGUGGGGGUGGUGGCUUCUCGGAACCGAGCCCCAACAGGCUACGAUGUAGUUGCACAGACAGCAGAUGGCGUGGACGCUGACCUCUGGAAAGACGGCUUAUUUAAAUCCAAGGUUACCAGAUACCUGUGUUUCACGAGAUCAUUUUCCAAAGAAAAUAGUCAUUUAGGGAACGUGUUAGUGGAUAUGAAGCUCAUUGACAUCAAGGACACUCUGCCUGUAGGCUUCAUCCCAAUUCAGGAGACGGUGGACACACAGGAAUUGGCUUUUAGAAAAAAGAGGCUGUGCAUUAAAUUUAUCCCACGGGAUUCAACUGAAGCUGCAAUUUGUGACAUUCGGAUCAUGGGCCGGACCAAGCAGGCCCCUCCUCAGUACACGUUUAUUGGGGAACUGAACAGCAUGGGGAUCUGGUAUCGAAUGGGCAAAGUACCGAGGAAUCAUGAUUCAUCUCAACCCACAACACCUUCCCAGUCAUCAGCUGCUUCCACCCCAGCCCCCAACCUCCCCAGGCACAUCUCACUAACGCUCCCUGCUACCUUCCGAGGCAGGAACAGCACUCGGGCUGACUAUGAGUACCAGCACUCCAAUCUGUAUGCCAUAUCAGCAAUGGAUGGUGUGCCUUUCAUGAUUUCAGAGAAGUUUUCUUGCGUUCCAGAAAGUAUGCAGCCCUUUGAUCUCUUGGGAAUCACCAUCAAAUCUCUGGCAGAAAUUGAAAAAGAGUAUGAAUACAGCUUCCGCACGGAGCAGAGCGCUGCGGCCCGGCUCCCGCCCAGCCCCACUCGGUGUCAGCAGAUCCCCCAGUCCUGAGGGGCCGGCCACCACCCUGGCCCCGUGGGGAGAAGACGCGGCUGCCCAGACUACUGAGUGCCCCUCCCUCGCCCAGGCCCUCCUGCCCGCCCACCGUGGGGCUCAUCCGGGAGACCCUGGGCAGCUGGGCUGUGGCCUCCGCUUGCCUGACGGGACAGCCCUGCCUCCCUGGCGACACUCUUCAUAAUCUGGACUAAU